AUGACAGUGAAAGAGGAGGAUGCCGUCUUUGGAGUGAAGGAGGAGGGGGAGAUUACUGUCACAUGGGAGGAGGAGGAGGAAGAGAUUGGAGAUAUAAUUAACACCACAGGAGAAAGACCAGACUCUCACUCUGACAGCAGGAAGAGUCCUUCAGGGGAACCAGACACAGAGACGCCCAAACCAGCAAGACGACACCACUGCUCCCAGUGUGGAAAGAGUUUUACUAAGUUACGGAAUCUAAAAGAGCAUGAGAGGACACACACAGGAGAAAAGCCUUUCCAAUGUUCCCAGUGUGGAAAGAGUUUUACCGUGUUAACUAACCUGAAAAGGCAUGAGAGAAUACACACUGGAGAAAAGCCUUACCAAUGUUCCCAAUGUGAAAAGAGUUUUGCCGUGUUAGUUAACCUGAAAAGACAUGAGAGAAUACACACAGGAGAAAAGCCUUAUCAAUGUUCUCUGUGUGGCAAGAGUUUUACCCAGUUAAGGUCCCUGAAAAGGCAUGAGAGAGUACACUCUGGAGAGAAGCCUUAUCAAUGUUCCCAUUGUGGAAGGAGUUUUAGGUCGUCUGCAAACAUGAAGGAGCAUGAGAGGACACACACAGGAGAAAAGCCUUUCCAAUGCUCACAUUGUGGAAAGAGUUUUACCCAUCUAGUGAGCCUGAAAAGACAUGAGAGAAUGCACACAGGAGAAAUGCCCUACCAAUGCUCCCAUUGUGGAAAGAGUUUUUCCCAAUCAGCAAAACUGAAAAGACAUAAGAGAAUGCACACUGGAGAGAAGCCUUUCAAAUGCUCCCAUUGUGGAAAGAGUUUUACCCAAUCAGGGGGCCUGAAAAAGCAUGAGAUAAAGAAGAAGCUAUGUUCUUUAUGUUCUUGACUGAGUGUUUUUGUUAAUGACAACUUCAAUAAAACCUAAUAAAAAUAUAUUUUUGUUGUUGUUUUUACAAUUUCAAUACUUUAAUUGAAUACAGAGUACCUCCGUUUUUAAGUAUAUGUUCUCUGUGGAUGGAGUGGAGCAUUAAAUAUAGAGUCCUGGACAGAGUCUUGUCCAUCAGUCGCUGUGGAUGGAGUGGAACAUUAAAUAUAGAGUCCUGGACAGAGUCUUGUCCAUCAGUCGCUGUGGAUGGAGUGGAGCAUUAAAUAUAGAGUCCUGGACAGAGUCUUGUCCAUCAGUCGCUGUGGAUGGAGUGGAGCAUUAAAUAUAGAGUCCUGGACAGAGUCUUGUCCAUCAGUCGCUGUGGAUGGAGUGGAACAUUAAAUAUAGAGUCCUGGACAGAGUCUUGUCCAUCAGUCGCUGUGGAUGGA